AUGCCAAAUAUUAUAUGGAUAGACCAUAAUGGUCCCGUUGAAAAUCUUUUACAGAAUCGGACACCGCCUGAAAAUCUCUUUCAAGUAGAUUCUCUACUCGAGGCGGUGGAUCAGAGAAUCGCUCUGAAUGAGACACCACCACCUCAGCCGCCUUCUUCUUUCUCCAUCAGCGUUGGCACCGCGGCUGGUCCUUCGAACGGUGUCGCGUCUUCUUCCGCUGCCUCCACCUCUGCUUCGUCAGAGGCGACAAGUAGCACCGCCGCCUCCACAUCACCUGCACUCUCCUCCGCCUCUAUGGCUCCUCGACGGCGACGUUUUUCUGUCACGGGGGGUGGGCAGCAGCUACGACGUUUUCGUUCAACGCCUUUUAGUUUGGCGCGAGUCAUUGAAACCGCAGGUCCGCGGUUACGUGUCCGCCUUGUCGGCACUGACGACCGUAAUGACUGCUGGUUCCUGGUCGAUUCCGACGAGAUUCGACCCUAUCCGUCCCACGAGACUCUUCAACCGCCUUUUGGCUACGUUCACAACCAUCUGCCUCCGCCUGAUCCCGAAAGAAAUCUUUUCAAAAAGGGUGACAAAUUGGAAGCGGUUGAUCGUCAUAAUGCGCAGCUCAUCUGUCCAGCCACCAUAGGUGAGGUCUCCGGUCUCCAUGUGCUCGUCUCUUUCGACGGCUGGUCAGGAAAUUUUGACUACUGGACGCGGUAUGACUCGCGUGACCUCUUUCCCUGCGGCUGGUGCAAACUAGCCGGUCACGCCCUCCAAUCUCCCGGCCCGGCGGCCAUUCAGCAUCUCAACCUCACACCAACAAAAAUGCCUGUCCCCAGGCCUCUUGAUCCCUCUUCUGCCUCCUCGUCCUCUUUACCCAAGCUAUUGGCCUCAGUUCAAGCACACGCAAAUCCCAUUACUGUCUCAGUCAGGAGAUCUGCAUCCUCGCGCCGAAAACGGUGUGUACUGUCGAAUUUUUAUGGCUUCAAAGAAUUUCCCAUAAAAGUCGACUCGCAUUUUUCUCCGUUUCAAAGUUCACUUCUAUGA